AUCCAUUCUGCCAAUCCUGAAAUCCAUCUUUGUCUCUCAGAUUUAACAUUGGUCCUUUUGCUGUGCUGAGGAAUGACUGUGCAUUGCAGAUGCUGCAGUUACAGUUUGUGGUGGUGCAUUUGGCCCUUGUGAUUUCCCUGCUGUGGUGGCACUCUAGCUCAGUGCUCCUUGCAGAGGCAGCCCCGGAGCCUUUGAAGCCUUCUGCUGCUCUGGGCAUGGGAGCACCUCCCAUUGCUAGUGAAGAGAAAUCAGCCACCAGCCUGGCAGACAAAUUGUUCCUUCUUGAUGACUUGGUGUCUCUGGAGAAUGAGGUGACUGAGACCAAGAAGAAAAGAAGCUUCCCAGGAUUUGGCUCUCCAAUUGACAGAAUUUCUUCGACCUCUGUGGAUGCUAAAAGCAAACAGAGGAAAGUGCUUGAGCUACCCAAGAGACGGUUUGGAGUUCCUCUUGACCGGAUUGGAGUGAGCCGCCUCGGCAACACCAAGGGUACUUCUAUUCUUAAUGAUUGAUGCUGUAUUGGAAACAUUACAGAGAUACGGAAGAUGCAUCACAGCAUGUCCUGUCACUGACUAAUGAUACAACACUCAAGGAAUUGACCUCCUGCAAAAUCUAUUUCACAUUGUGUUUUACAAAUGUUGCAUUUAUAGUAAUAACAAAUUCAGUUCAUCAGGUCAGAAUGCUUUCACAGCUGUGCACAAUGUCACUGAUAGGAGGGAACAGAGAAUAUGUAUAUAUUUUAUUGCAUGGCAUUUAUCUGUUAAACUUGCAGAAGUUUAUUAUCCUAGCCAGGACUGAUAGAUUUCUUGGACUGAAAAUAAAAUUUCCAGAGAUGCCAACAGCAGUCCAUGAAAAGCAGACAGUUUGCUUUGCACAUUUCUUUCAAGAGGGGAGUUGUUUGUUAGAUGAAGGGAGGGUUUAACCGUUAUGGGACAAAGGCAGAAUUUAUCUGAACUGCUGUUUGAGAGAAUGAUGUCUUUUGCUUUACUAGGAGUUAGUCUUAGUAAGAACUGAGAUGAUGCCUUAGUGUUUGUCCUGAUGUUUUGAGUAGUCUUUCUCUUAUCUCUGCACCAUAUUUAGACAUGUUUUCAUCGUAUAGCAGAUCCUGAAAUGUGGCGAGACUUUUAGUUUCCUUCUCUAAGCUGAUGAAUACAUUUCACUCCUCCCUAUGUGUAACACAGGAUAGUGUCCAAAUAUGAUGUCAUCUACUUCCUAGCCCAUCUCCAUCAUAUGCCUUAUUUUAGCCUCUUGAUGUGUGCACAGGGCAUAAUCAGACAUCCAACUCUAAAAGUUCAAGUAGUUAUCAUUCUGGUAAAAUGUAAACAUAUCCUCUCCACUUCAUUUCAGAGUAAUACAGUUUAUCUCAAAUCCUGUUUCAUGCUUUUCACUCCUUUCCAGAUUAUAAAAUAUAGCUCAGAAGAGCUGUUUGCUGAUAUCUCAGUGCUCAGAUUCCUAGCUGAUGUUUUCUAAACAUCACAUUUUCCUUCUUGGACUUUGGUCCAUGUCAGCUAAAUUCCUCAGAUUGCCGUUCUUGGGUAUAAACCCUCUUUAG